UUUUAUUUUAUAUUAUUGUCAAGUAAAAAUUAUGAUAUUUGAUGAAUAUAUAUUGUUUUCAUUCGCUCUGCUGGGUAGCGGUGCUAUUUUCUUUUUAUUAAUUUAUUAUAUUAUGACAUUGUCAGAUUUAGAAUGUGAUUAUUUAAAUGCACAAGAGUGUUGUGAAAAGCUGAAUUAUUGGUUUCAGCCAAAGUUUAUUUGCCACUUUUUUAUUACAUUUUUGUUGUUAAUUCAUGGCCAAAUAUUAUUAUUUUUGUUCAAUUUGCCUAUGUGCGUAUGGCUUGCAUUUCAAUACUUCACGAUUCCUCAAGGCAACCUCGGUGCGUAUGAUCCAACAGAAAUUCACAACAGGGGUCAUUUCAAGAGAUACAUGCGAGACGUUUUGAUUAACAUUGGAUUUUAUUUGAUAUUUUUCUUCAUUUACCUUUACUUCUUCAUAUUGUCACUGCUGAAAGGCGAUCCUAUACAACGGGGAUCUGAGUUUGAAAUAGUAACUAGGAUAUAA